AUGGGUAAAGGCGAAUACGAUAAUGCCCUACGGGCUGCUGUAUACUGGGAGAAGAGUGAGAUCGUGCAGAUGCUCCUCGACGCUGGCGCUGAUGCCAAUGCUGAGGGUGGUGAAUACGGCAAUGUCCUACAGGCUGCUGCAUACUGGAAGAGGAGUGAGGUCGUGCAGAUGCUCCUCGACGCUGGCGCCGAUGUCAAUGCUGAGGGUGGUGAAUAUGGCAAUGCCCUACAAGCUGCUGCAUUCGGGGAGAGGAGUGAGAUCGUGCAGAUGCUCCUCGACGCUGGCGCCGAUAUUAAUGCUCAGGGUGGUCAAUACGGCAAUGCCCUACAGGUUGCUGCAUUCGGGAAAAGCAGUGAGGUCGUGCAGAUCCUCCUCGACGCUGGCGCCGAUAUUAAUGCUCAGGGUGGUCGAUACGGCAACGCCCUACAGGCUGCUGCAUACGGGGAGAGUAGUGAGAUCGUGCACAUCCUCCUCGCCACUGGCGCCGAUGUUAAUGCUGAGGGUGGUGAAUACGGUAAUGCCCUACAGGCUGCUGCAUACGGGGAGAGGAAUGAGAUCGUGCAGAUGCUCCUCGACGCUGGCGCCGAUAUCAAUGCUCAGGGUGGUGAAUGCGGAAAUUCCCUACAGGCUGCUGCUAUACGCGGGAAAAGCAGUGAGAUCGUGCAGAUCCUCCUCGAUGCCGGCGCCGAUGUCAACGCUCAGGGUGGUGUCUACGGUAAUGCCAUACAGGCUGCUAUAUACGGGGGAAGCAGUGAGAUCGUGCAGAUCCUCCUCGACGCUGGCGCCAAUGUUAACGCUCAGGGUGGUGAAUACGGUAAUGCCCUACAGGCUGCUGCAUACGGGGGGAUGGGUGAGAUCGUGCAGAUCCUCCUCGACGCUGGCGCCAAUGUUAAUGCUCAGGGUGGUGAAUGCGGUAAUGCCCUACAGGCUGCUGCACACGAGGAGAGGAGUGAGGUCGUGCAGAUCCUCCUCGACGCUGGCGCCGACGUCAGCGCUCAGGGUGGUGAAUAUGGCAAUGCCCUACAAGCUGCUGCAUUCGGGAAAAGCAGUGAGGUCGUGCAGAUCCUCCUCGACGCUGGCGCCGAUAUCAAUGCUCAGGGUGGUCAAUACGGCAAUGCCCUACAGGCUGCUGCAUACGGGGAGAGUAGUGAGAUCGUGCACAUCCUCCUCGCCACUGGCGCCGAUGUCAAUGCUGAGGGUGGUGAAUACGGCAAUGCCCUACAGGCUGCUGCAUACGGGGGGAGGAGCGAGACCGUGCAGAUCCUCCUCGCUACUGGCGCCGAUGUUAAUGCUGAGGGUGGUAAAUACGGCAACGCCCUACAGGCUGCUGCAUACGGGGGGAGGAGUGAGAUCGUGCAGAUCCUCCUCGCCGCUGGCGCCGAUGUCAAUGCUGAUGGUGGCGAAUACGGUAAUUCCCUACAGGCUGCUGCAUACGGGGGGAUGAGUGAGAUCGUGCAGGUCCUCCUUGACGCUGGCGCCAAUGUCAAUGCUCAGGGUGGUGAAUACGGCAAUGCCCUACAGGCUGCUGCUGCAUCCGGGAAAGGCAGUGAGAUCGUGCAGAUCCUCCUCGACGCUAGCGCCGAUAUCAAUGCUCAGGGUGGUGAAUACGGCAACGCCCUACAGGCUGCUGCAUUCGGGGAGAGUAGUGAGACCGUGCAGAUCCUCCUCAACGCUGGCGCCGAUAUCAAUGCUCAAGGUGGUAAUUAUGGUAAUGCCCUACAAGCUGCUGCAUAUGGGACAAGCAGUGAGAUCGUACAGAUCCUCCUCGACGCUGGCGCCGAUGUCAAUGCUCAGGGUGGUGAAUACGGUAAUGCUCUACAGGCUGCUGCUGUAUACGGGAAAAGCAGUCAGAUCGUACAGAUCCUUCUCGGUGCUGGCGCCGACGUCAAUGCUCAGGGUGGUGAAUACGGUAAUGCUCUACAGGCUGCUGCUGUAUACGCCAAAAGCAGUCAGGUCGUACAGAUCCUCCUCGAUGCUGGCGCCGACGUCAACGCUCAGGGUGGUUUCUACGACAAUGCCCUACAAGCUGCUGCUGCUACAUUCGGGGAAAGCAGUGAGAUCGUACAGAUCCUUCUCGACGCUGGUGCCGAUGUUAACGCUCAGGGUGGUGUAUGCGGUAAUGCCCUACAAGCUGCUUCAUACGAAGAGAGUAGUGAGAUCGUGCAGAUCCUCCUUAACGCUGGCGCCGAUGUUAACGCUCAGGGCGGCCAAGCCGGUAAUUCCCUACAAGCUGCUGCUGUUGCACACAGGAAAAGCAGUGAGAUCGUGCAGAUCCUCCUUGACGCUAGCGCCGACGUCAACGCUCAGGGUGGUAAAUUCGGCAAUGCCCUACAAGCUGCUGCAUACGGGGAGAGCAGUGAAAUCUUACAGAUCCUCCUCGACGCUGGCGCCGACGUCAACGCUCAGGGUGGUAAAUACGGCAAUGCCCUACAAGCUUCUGCUGCGUUCGGGAAAAGUGCUCUGUUCGGGAAAAGCAGUGAGAUCUUACAGAUGCUGCUCGACGCUGGCGCCGAUAUCAAUGCUCAGGGUGGUAAAUACGGCAAUGCCCUACAAGCUGCUGCUGCAUACGGGGAAAACAGUGAGAUCGUACAGAUCCUCCUCGACGCCGGCGCCGAUAUCAAUGCUCAGGGUGGUAAAUACGGCAAUGCCCUACAGGCUGCUGCAUACAGGAAAAGCAGUGAAAUCUUACAGAUCCUCCUCGACGCUGGCGCCGACGUCAACGCUCAGGGUGGUAAAUACGGCAAUGCUCUACAAGCUGCUACAUUCGGGAAAAGCAGUGAGAUCGUGCAGAUCCUCCUCGACGCUGGCGCCGACGUCAACACUCGGGGUGGUAGAUAUGGAACAUCUCUCUUGGCGGCUGUUUAUCAGGGCCAUGCUGAUUUAGUUCAGAUGCUUCUUCGCGCUGGCUCGAAUGUGUCGUUUGUAAAUGAACUUGACCAGACUCCUCUUCAUAUUGCCGCCUUGAAAAAUAGGCUCAACCUUCUCCAUCGGUUCCCGGAGCUCCUCUCCCCUAUUAAUACCCGGGACAAGCUUUUACAAACCCCCAUUCAUCUGGCUAUCUAUCUCGGUCAUAUUAAAUUUGCCAUAAAUCUCCUUCACUUUGGUGCCAAUCCUUCUCUUCUGGAUGGUUAUGGCAGAAAUGUCCUGGACUGGAGCUUGCUGUUCGCCAAUCCAUCCUUCAAAUCUACGAUACGCUUCUUCAGUCCCAGCUACACUUCCCAUGGCCACUUUUACAGCAAUUAG